AUGCCCGAACCUGAUCGCAGGCCCCAACGCCGUCUCCCUUGUCUGGUCCAGAGCUUCCGCCGCCUCUGUGCCGAGGGCCGCCUCGAGCAGGCCGUCGGCUCGCUCCCCCUUCUCGCUCGGCGCGGAAUCCGGCUCGACGCGCAGGCUCUCGCCCUUCUCCUCCAGCAAUGCCUCCGCUCCCGCGCCGUCGGGCUGGCCCGCCGCGUCAAUCUCCACCUCAAGCUCACAGGAUUCAAGAAUGCCCUCCCUAGCAAGACCUUCCUGGCGAAUCAGGUCCUCAAUCUCCACUUCGAACGCCGCCGGCCUGCUGAUGCGCAGGAUCUGUUCGAUAGAAUGCUGAAGAGGAAUGUGUUCACUUAUAACGUCAUGCUCGCCGGUUUCGCGAAGCUCGGCAUGGUCCGCUCUGCCCUCCAGAUCUUCGAGAGGAUGCGCGAUGGCGACCGUGACGUCGUUUCGUGGAACACCAUGAUCGCAACGCUCGCACGUGGGGGAUCUUGCCGCGAGGCAGUCGAGUUCUAUGCCCGGAUGCGUCGAUCGUCGGGGAUUUUUCUGAAUCAUUACAGCUUCUCAGGGCUGUUGGCUGCGUGCGUGCGGCUGGAGCAGACAGAUCUUGUGCAGCAGACCCACGGCCAGGUCAUAGUCAUCGGAUACCUGUCGAAUCUGAUCAUCUCCAGCUCCAUUGUUAACGCUUACGCAAAAUGUGGGCGCAUCAGCGAUGCCGGGAAGAUGUUCUCGGAAAUGCCCGCUAGAGAUGUGCUCACCUGGACCACCUUGGUCUCCGGGUACGCCAAGUGCGGCGACCUUGUAUCCGCACGGAGGCUGUUCGACGAGAUGCCUGAGAGGAAUAACUUCUCUUGGACUGCCAUGAUCCGAGGGUAUGCUCGAAAUGGUCUGUCGCAUGAGGCAUUGCAUCUCUUUGCCGGGAUGCUGAAGGAAGGCGUGAGCCCAGACCAGUUCUCAAUCAGCAGCGCCCUGUGUGCCUGCGCGAAUAUAUCUUUCCUAAAUCUUGGCAGGCAGAUCCAUGCGCUUCUCACCAGGACCCUCUCCAAUCCCAAUGCAGUGGUUAUCGGCUCUCUCCUCGAUAUGUACUGUAAAUGUGGGUGUUUGGAAGAAUCCCAGAGGAUUUUUGACCAUACAACUUACAGAAAAAGAGACACUGUGCCGUAG